GGUUUCCUCGAAAAAUGAUAGAGUGGGAGGCAGCGUUAUACCGUGGAAGUCACCGCAGCAAAUUAGAAGUCGCAAGCACGCAGCCAGAGAAGACAGCCAGAGUUCUGGUCAGAGACGACGGAGAAAAGCAAAGCUGGAAAAUUCAAUUCAACUUUCAACUAUUGUGUAACCCGCCACGAUAAAUUCAAGUCAGAGCCCAACUGAAAAAAGGAGAAGGUGGUGGCGAAUCGGAAUCGAGUUAUAAUGAAACCAAACAGUGUUACUUGGUGGCUAUGUUCGAUCAUUUGCAUACUUUUAGUUUGUGUUCAAUUUCAAGGGUGUGUGGGAUCCAAGACCAAGAGAACGGAUGAAGCUUACGUCACUCUUUUGUACGGAGACGAAUUCUUGUUGGGUGUUCGAGUUCUGGGAAAAUCAAUACGCAACACUGGAUCCAGCAAGGAUAUGGUCGUGUUGGUCUCCGAUGGUGUCUCUGAUUAUGCCAAAAACCUUCUCCGGGCUGACGGGUGGAUAGUGGAGUUGAUUAGUUUACUGGCGAAUCCUAAUCGAGUGCGUCCAAAGAGAUUUUGGGGUGUCUAUACAAAACUAAAAAUAUUUAACAUGACUGACUACAAGAAAGUUGUUUACCUUGACGCGGACACUAUUGUGGUUAAAAAUAUUGACGAUCUUUUCAAGUGUGUGAAAUUCUGUGCAAAUUUAAAGCAUUCUGAGAGGUUGAACUCGGGAGUCAUGGUGGUGGAGCCAUCUGAAACUGUUUUUAAUGACAUGAUAAGCAAAAUAAAAACUACUGCAUCUUACACAGGAGGCGAUCAGGGUUUUCUGAAUUCAUAUUUCUCUGAAUUUCCCAAUGCACAUGUUUUUGAGCCGAAUUUGAGUCCUGAGGUGUUGAAGUCCAGACCAGUUCCUGAAAUGGAGCGACUAUCCACACUGUACAAUGCUGAUGUCGGUCUUUACAUGCUCGCUAAUAAGUGGAUGGUAGACGAAAAUGAACUGCGUGUGAUUCACUAUACACUGGGCCCCCUUAAGCCUUGGGACUGGUGGACUUCUUGGCUUUUGAAACCAGUUGAUGUGUGGCAGGAUGUAAGAGAACAGCUUGAGGAAUCCCUUCCUGGAACUGGAGAGGGGCAAAAUCCUAAAGACAGUUUUCUUGUGAAAUUUCUCUUUUUGCUACCUCUAUGUGCCUUACUCUUCUUAUGCUAUCGUUCAUUUAUGAAGAAUCCUGGGCACUUCAGUUCAGUUUGUAGAAGCUCGAUAUUUGAUCAAGUUAGACACCUUUAUUAUAAGAUUAGAUCAAACGGGCCACUUUCUUAUACUAGUAUUUCAACAUCAACGACUAAUUCAAUCCAUCAGCUCUUUAAUGGCCCUCAGAACAAGGUUCCUGCUUAUUUGGGUGGUGUUUCUGUCUGUGUCUGCUUUAUGGUUGCAGUGGUGUCUCUGGGAUUAUCCCUCUUGAUUGUUCCUCGGCAAGUGAUGCCAUGGACUGGAUUGCUUUUGAUGUAUGAGUGGACAUACACAAUUUUCUUUAUACUAUUUGGAGGUUAUCUCCGUUUGAUUUAUCAGUGGGGAAAAAUGGUGGGAUCACGAGUAGCAUCCUCCUUGUCAGAUCCUGGGUCAUCCGAUCAUGAUUCUGAAAAACGUCAUCAACGAUCGUUGUCAUCUUGUGACGUUGCUACAUGGUACUAUGGUUUAGGCAUGGCUUUGUUGGCCAUUGCAGCUCCAUCAUUGCCUUGUCUUUUUGGAAUAACUGCAUUGUUUGCAAGGUUAGGUUUGAUGGUUGUUGGUGGCAUAAUAUUGGCUUCUUUCAUGACAUAUGCUUCUGAACAUCUUGCUAACCAAUCAUUUCUUAAAGGCUUUGAUGAACGUGACAUUGCUCGAAACAGCAACUUGUGUUUCCCAUGUUGAUUCCAUAACCCAUUCCCUUUUUCAAAUUACAUAAGUAACCUUGUUUUUGUGAAAAAUGUAUGUAGGGAAUUUUUGUCUAUCUUCUAGCAUUGUAAUUUUAUUUUGUCGAGGUUUUGUUGUAAUAUUAUUGGUUUUUUUAGAUGAUGACCUUAUAUUGAAAUCACACGUAAUAGAAUCUCCGAACAGUUUUACGUGGUUAAA